AUGAUCAAUCUAGAAAAACUUUCAUUGAAUAUUUCCGUUCAUCGUUCAACAUUUAUUGAUGGAAAUGGUUUAAAUGAUAUUAUUAGUCAUAUGCCAAACUUGAAGAACUUCAUAUGUAGUAUUCAUUCAAAUGUAUAUAUUGAUGAUCUAAUUCAUUUACCAUCAAAUCAAAGCAUUCAACGUACAUUGAGAAAUCUUGAAAAGUAUGAAAUUGUUUCGUAUACCGACUAUUUUCCAAAUGAUAAAAUUGGUCAAUGUCAUAUUUUUUCUCAUUCAUAUGCGACGAAUAGUUUACGUAGACUUACAAAUAGUUUUCCAGGUGGAUUAUUCAAAUUCGUCCACGAAAUAUCACUCUAUGAUGAACAUCCUUUCGAACACGAAUUUUUUGUUUGUAUCGCUCAAGCAUUUCCAUUUCUUAAAAUCUUAACUAUAGAUAAUAAGUCAUCACAAAGUAAGAGACAUUGUCAAUCAUCAAAUGAAGACAAUCGAAAUUUGUCAAUUGUUGAAUAUCAUCAUCUUAUUCAACUUCGUCUUUUCACUGCUCAUGAUGAUUACAUCGAACAAUUUCUACUGGAUACUAAAACACGUUUAUCAAAUGAUAUUUUUCUUGGUGCUAACUAUGAUGGUCUUCGAAGGGUGACACACGAAUUCGCAAGAGAAACAACGCGAACUAACUGCGCGAAAGUCAAACAUUUAUUUAAUAUCGAUGAAUUAGAAGUUCCCAAACAUUUCGAUGUAUAUUUUCCUCACAUAGAAAAAAUAUGA